AUGAUUGGCGUUAGACUAAAUACAUUUAAUGAUAGUUCGGGAGAACCAGAACAGGAUGCUAAUUCAGCUCUAACAGAACUAGACAAAGGUCUACGUUCAGGUAAAGUGGGUGAACAAUGCGAAGCAAUUGUCCGCUUCCCGCGUCUCUUCGAAAAAUAUCCAUUUCCAAUCCUUAUCAACUCUUCAUUCUUGAAACUUGCUGAUGUGUUUCGUAUGGGUAACAAUUUCCUUCGUCUGUGGGUCUUACGUGUGUGUCAACAGAGCGAGAAACAUCUAGACAAGAUUCUUAACGUAGAUGAGUUUCUCAGAAGAGUAUUCAGUGUAUUACAUUCUAAUGAUCCAGUAGCCAGGGCUCUGGCACUAAGAACCCUUGGUGCCGUUGCUGGUAUUAUACCAGAGAGGCAAAAUGUUCAUCAUGCUAUUCGCAGGGGGUUGGACAGCCAUGACAAUGUGGAGGUAGAUGCUGCAAUUUAUGCCACUACACGAUUUGCAGCUCAUUCCAAUACAUUUGCUGUUGCUAUGUGCAACAAGCUGUGGGAUAUGGUUGACUGCGAGAGUACUGCUGCAGAGCGAAGAGCUAAACUUGUACGAGCUUUGCGUACUGUUCACGGUGGAGCUGUUCGAGCCCAGGGUGUACUUAAGCUACUCCGUUCAUUGCUGGAACGCUUCCCAUCAACCAACACAGUGCGUGCCGCAAUCAUCGCACUCACUCAUAUCGCGGCUGACACUGUCGUGCACGUGCCUGAUCAGGUUGAGCUACUGCUAAGCAUUGCGAUGAACGAUGCUCGCUCGCCCGUACGUCGUGCAGCUCUUGUGGGGCUGCGCAAGCUGGCUGAACACGCUGCGUUGUGGCCGGCUGAUUGCAUAGAGAAUCUCGUCAGAGCCGCCACGGAUAGUCAAGAGAUGGCACACACUAUGUUGUGUCUCCAAGUUAUGCAAAAGCUAGUGGCGUGCCCGGCCGUGUGCGCUGCGGCCGCGUCCCCCACGGGGAGCUGCGCGGCGCUGCGGCGCUACUGCUGCGACAUCGCGCUCAGCCCCGACCUCAGCCGCGCCGCUACCGCCGCGGAUGUCCUCACCAUGCUCCUCGUGCACUGGUAA